UAUCUUGAAUUGUGAAUUUUUGCUAUUUUACUGAUAAAGGAGCUUUCUGGCCUUUUUUAAAUUUUGAUAAAACUAAUAAUUUACAAUAUUUUACAAGAGGAAUACAAAAGCCGUCAAAAUUACUUACUACUCUAAGUAUAACGGAAAUCUCACCAACAUGGCUAAGCCAGUAUUGUACUCAUACUGGCGAAGCUCAUGUUCGUGGCGAGUGAGAAUUGCGCUCAAUCUAAAGGAGAUACCAUAUGACAUCAAGGCAGUGAGUCUUAUCAAAGGAGGUGGGGAACAGCACUGUAACGAGUACCGAGAUGUGAAUCCGAUGGAGCAGGUUCCUUCACUGUGUAUAGAUGGUCACACAUUUAUAGAGUCCCUUAGCAUAAUGCACUACCUGGAGGAGACCCGACCACAGAGACCUCUUAUGCCACAAGACUGCUUCAAGCGCGCCAAAGUUAGGGAGAUUUGUGAGGUGAUAUCUUCCAGUAUCCAGCCGCUGCAAAACCUGAUAGUCCUCAUCUACGUCGGAGAAGAGAAGAAGAAGGAAUGGGCCCAGCACUGGAUAACAAGGGGCUUCAGAGCAGUUGAGAAGCUUCUGUCAGCAUCCGCUGGGAAGUACUGUGUUGGGGACGAGAUCACUCUGGCCGAUUGCUGCUUGGUGCCUCAAGUCUUCAAUGCUAGGAGAUUCCACGUAGACCUGCGGCCGUACCCCAUCAUCCUCCGCAUCGACCGGGAGCUGGAGAACCACCCCGCCUUCCGCGCCGCGCACCCGUCCGCGCAGCCCGACUGCCCCCCGGAGGUCGCCAAAUGAAGGCACGACCACGCCUCGCCCGCGCACUGGCCUCACACCCACGAUACCCACGAUAACUCAUUAUAACAUCCAGCUUGCAUACUAAACAGACGCUUUUGAUGUCAGGAACGGAUUUUCUUAAAGCGAUAUAAGUUGAAUCAAAAUGGCGGCGGGAGGUGCAGAUACCAGCCAUUUACGUCACAGUAAAUUCGUAGUAUUAGUUCCACCCUCGCCUUUCGCAGCACUGGGUCCAUCUGUGCCUUGGUUUGAGCCAAAUUAAGGCAUUACCAAGCCUCCGCGUAUCCGCGUUAAGCUUACGAUAAUUCGUUAUAACAUCAAGCUUACACUUUUUGACGUCAUAAAUAGUCUGAGGAGGCAGGGGCCGUUACAGAUAGGCAGAGGGAAGGAGCACCUCUAUGCUCGUUAAAAUGGUUUUUUUUUUGGGUUUCUAUUACCCACCUGCAAGGUUUAUGACUUUUGCAUCUUUGAAUAUGAACACGCGCGUUCCAAGCCCUGACUUGCAGGAAGUGAGGAAUUUGGACGCGCCACGCUUUAAGCAAUAUAACAAUAGAAAAAUGAGUAAAAGUAAGUGUACGUGGGGAUCUUAUAAUGAUAUUCAGAGAUAAAUCGUGGAUAUUUAGAUAAAAAUAUUUAGUUUUAAUGCAUUUUUAUUAUUUAAAGUCUGUUCAAAAUAUAUAAUGUAACAAGCGUGUAAGUUGUAGUAUAAGAGUGUAAGUUUCGUUAUGGGUGAAUGAUUUAGUCUUACGGAUAAUAUUAAGUGAAUUUACAAGGGUUCUUAGGACAGACAUAGAUUUAAUAGAUGCCGCAAGAUCAUCAAUAUGAAAUUCAUGCGUGUCGAAGUUCUUUCAGUUAAUUAGUGCGUAAUAAGGGAACAAUUUAUACGUAGGUACUUAAUUUCAGUCAAUGACAAUCACCGCGGAUUCUGAAUAAAAAUGUUUCGAAAGGAUCUAGUCAUCAAUUUGCCAGUACCGCGCAAUUUGAUUCGGGGAGUCUAAUUAUUUUUAUGUCUGUGGUUUUGGGUUAAGUCAUUCUUAUAGUAAAAACAUGUUAUAAGUAGAUACAUCAUUUCAAGUGUAAGUAAUGUGCCAUUUUAAAUAAGUGUAAGAUUUUAUGUUAUGUAUAUUGGGAUAUUAUAAUUCGGAUAUAAUUUAUAGCAUUGUUAUUUUAUUUUAUUGUUCAGUGUUUUUUCUUUCUAUGGCAAUAAAAUGCUUUUCUUUAUAA